AAAAAAAAAAUCUUCUUUUUAUAAAUUGUUUUUUUCUUUUUUCAUAGAGUUAUCAUAAUGCGAUUACUUCUACUCUUUACUUUUGUAUUUAUUAUUAUUCUACAAAUAACAUGUAAUAGUAAUCAAUGUGGAAGACAAUCAGAAAUAAUUAGUUGUGCAGAUAUUAAAGGACAAGCAACUUUUAUACAUUGUUGGGAAACUUCAAUUGGUCAAGCUAUUUAUCGACUUGUUAUUACUGAUACUGUCGUUAUGCUAGUUAUCCAUCUUGUUGUCGAUCCAUUACGAAGUCUAUUGACACGUUGCUGUUCAUCAAAAGUAGUAGUAACUGAACAAGAUGAAACUAUAAAUGGUACUUCGGAACCACCUGAAGUAUUCUGUCUGUGGCAACCACUCCAAUUUGAACUAGAAGAUUAUGUAUUAGAUUUGACAUAUACUCAAACAUUGUGUUGGCAUGGUUUAAUUUUCUGUCCAUUUUUACCGUUGAUUUCAGCAGCUAAAAAUAUACUUAUCUUUGUUGUUAAAUUUUUAAGUCUAGCUUUAUUUCGUAAAAGAUCACAAUUAGAAUUGAGUCCUGCUCGAACUCGUCAUAUAUUUACAGGUGUUCUUCUUUUUUCUUUUGUUUGGGCUUUGCUACCAAUUAGUUUUCUUGCUACAUCACUUCGACCAUCUCGCGGUUGUGGUCCAUUUCGUUUAUAUAGUCAUGAACCUGACUUUUAUAUGUAUUAUUCAGUUCGUAAUAUUGUUACACAAAUUCGAAAUAAUAUUUUAGUCAAUAUCAUACUUAAAAUUACUAGUGCUGUGGUCAUUAUUCCAUUAGUUUUAAUUUUAAUUUUAUUUUCUUGUAUUUUAACUAUUCGGCGUAAUAGUUAUCGAGGAGCAUCUUUAGAACUUUAUAAAUUAUUGUAUUCGUCACAUAAAGUACAUCAACUAGCCGUAAAAAAUGCUCCCGUUAUUGUAACAACAUCUCUUUAA